AUGGCCUUCUGGGGUACCCCGAGCACCAUCCGCCGCAUCGUUGGAUACGUCUAUCAGCCCGUUUGCUUCGCCUUGAUCGCAGCCAUCGCGACCCGCUACGCCCCCGCCAUCCGCCAACUGUUCGAAGCGGCCAAGGAACAGGCUGCCGAAAUCACAGCGUUCGAGCUGGUGAAGAGCUGGUCCGCUACCGUCUGGUCGAAGAAGCCUUUGGCUCCUGUGCGUGCGGCUUGGAUGAGUCCCAAGAUUGCGGACACCUUGGAUUCCAUGAUCCGAAAGCACCUCGGCGUGGUCGACGGUGAUGAAUUGGUCGCUGUCCAGGCCGCUGCGAGGGCCAAGGCGGCGCAGCUCAGCUCCCUAGUCGACAUUGCCGCCCGCCUGCUCCGAGAUCUGGGCCUGAUGCUGAAUCGUGUUUGCAGCGCCCUGCGCGCGGCUUUCCCCGGACGCGAGGAGCUCAUCAGCGCGUUCAUUGCUCUCACCGUGUGGGUGUCGCUCGCCGGCUUCAAAGUGUGCGCGAAGCUCGGACUGAAGGUGUUGACUGUGGUCAUGCUCGUGGGUUUCAUGUGGACGUUGAUCGAACUUGAGUAG